UACUGAAAAAUAUGUGUUGUUAUUUGAUAAACAAAUCCAUAUCUGUUUCGCCAACUAUUCUGUCUUUUCGUAAUUAAGAAGUUGUCUCCAUUUCGGGAAGGUAUCACGAGUAUCCCGGGUAAAAAGCGAUCCGUCUAAAAUGAGAAUAUGACUCCUAUCCGCGGAUUGACCGAAAAGUGCGGAUAUGGACGAAUACAGGCAAUAUCGACAAUUCUUCUGCAAUGUUUAAUAAUAAAAAAACACAAUAUGUGUUAAAUAUGUUAGUAUUGUAAUGUACCGCUACCAUUUAGUUGUACCCAGCCUAUAAUUUAGCCGCUCUUGUCAGGAUGGCUUCAAAACAACUGCGGUUCAUGUUGUCAACAUCUUUUAUUUGCUGAUACUAAAAGUUACUAAUAUUAUCGCAUUAUAAAGUCGACAUGUUUCAAAAGGGCACUUUAAUGUAGACUUUAAACACAGAUCUUAUAACAAGUAUUUUCGUAUAGCGCAGAUAAAUUCUUGAGCUCUCUGGAGUUCAUAAGACAUAGAAUGAAUCAUUUUAAUGUACUAAAUACUGUAACCAAAGAUGUAAAGUUAGUUUUAACUUGUAAAAUAGCUUACCAUUCUCAGAAUGGAGAAGAUCUGACAAUAAGAUCUAAAUAAUUACUAAAGAUCUGAUUUUUAUGCCGUAAUGAACGGAAGUUUUUGGAAUCAUGAAAGAUACCAAAUAUUGUUUAUCUGCGCUAUUUAUACCUGCCGCUCAGCAACUUAGGAUUUUGGAUUCUGCGUGAUUCUUCGCACUUAUGUCUUAGGAAUUUGGCUAAGCCAAUCAAAACAACUUAGGAUUGCGACAACCAAUCAAAUGCAUUUAGGAAUCCUAAAUCCUAAACAAAGUUCUCUAGCGGCAAAACAUUCAACAAUAAUAUAUAUUUUAACUAACAAAAGAACAUUUUAGGAGCAAAUAUAGAUAAGCAAAAGAUUCUACAUCUAACAAUAAACAAAUAUACUUCUCUCUGACCUAAACAAAAAUGCAGUUAUGACAGAAAAGAAAUAUUACGGUACAAUAUAUCCGAAAUAUUGAAACUGCUGAAAAGUGCUUUUUAGGAAUGGCGAAUUUUACACAAUAAACAACACGAUUGAACAUUUAACGACAAUGGAAUAGUAUCUUAAAGUAACUUGUAGUUGUAUUAUUAUAAUUAUACAAUGUUAAGUCACUUGGAAAUGGAUAUAAUCAAAAGAAUCAUUGCAAGAUGACGGUUGGACUUGCCUCCUUGAAGUUCGGACAUUGACAGCAAAAAAUCCGGAAAUAGAUUGAUCUGCCAAGACAGCUCUUCACUCUGAUUUUGAGAAAAAGCAAGCAGCAUGGCUAACAAUGAGAAUUUGCUGAAUGAUUUGGAUUCGUGCGACGACGAUAAUCUAGGCGACCCGACAACUCAGACAAGUUCAACUGCGCAGGAUCUCCAGAUUAACGAUUUGGAUUCGUCUGACGAAGGCGAAGAAAUACAUGUAUAUCAGACAACUUCAACUGUGUUUGGUCUCCCGCUGUACUCGUCCUGUGAUCAACCAAAUCCCAAAGCCUCUGCAGCGCCUAGUACCCGCUGUGCCCCCACAAGCGCAACCUUCACCGGCCAAGCCAACACCGACCGGCCCGCUCACCAGACACCGUCCACGAGCUUACCAACGCCGCUAGUGAUCCCACAUCCACCCCUCGGCAUCCUGACCUAUAUACAAGAUUUGCAAGAAGAAAAUGCACAGAUACCUGAAAACGCUACGUGCAUCAUGUGCAAUGAAAGAAUACGGAGGGCUGUGUGUUUGAACACGCUGCAGAACGAUGGUAAACCGUGUGGUGGAUUGUUUUUUUGCGAAUCACCAGUAUGUUACAACGUAACUGUUUAUUGUCCACGAUGUAAAAGGAGGAUGGGCAAAGUAUGUAUAAUAAAAUAGAACUAGACGCAGAAAGACUUUAUUCGCCAUCUAACUCUGAAUAUUUUGAUGGCAAAUGGCGUGAUCAUGUGUCACAGAACGUCGGGUAAUUGCGUGAGACAUUGAUACCCGACAGCAACGCCACUGUAACGCCCGAAGACAUUGAGAGGUGUAUACGUUCUUGUCCGAAGGGAAAGGCUCCUGGAUAUGAUGGUAUGAUAAACGAGCUUCUCAAGCCAGUGUUUCGCCAUCAUUAGCUUAUCUCUUCACUGCAAUUCUUCGUACAGUGUACAUUCCUGACGUUCUCAAGCGUGGUGUAAUAAUAACCCUACACUAAGGAGGAUCGAAACCAAAGGACAAUACGAAUAGCUACAGAGCUACAAAUCUUACCUCCAUUGUAUUAAAGCUCUUUGAAUCUGUGCUGUUAAAACGAUGUAGUACAAAUAUGAUGGCCGACCUUAACAUUCAACAGUGUGGUUUCCAGGAGGGCCUUGGCUGUCUGAGAGCGUCAUUCACGUGACGUGAAAGUGUUUAUUUUGCACGUGAACGUGGAUCAAAGCUAUACGUGUGCUACUUGGAUGGGAGACAAGCGUUCGAUAAAGUGUGGCAUGACGGCUUCUUCUACAAGCUCCAAACAAAUAUAAACGACACUUCACUGCUCGCAUUCAUGGAAUUAUACUCGAACAUGACUAGUUAUGAGAAAAAGCGUGGCCAUACAUCGAAAUGGUUCCCUGUUCGUCAGGGAACCCAUCAAGGCGGGAAAAGUUCAACGAACUGCUAUCUAGUGUAUAUAAAUGGGUUAAUCAAUGCUCUUGAACAUUCUGGUCUAGGUUUCUGUAUGUACGGAAUGCAUAUGAAUAGUCCUACAGUAGCAGACGAUUCGUGUUGCAUUUUUAAAGCACGUACUUGAUGGCAUGGUGAAAAUAUUUUAUGACUAUUCGUGUAAAUGGCGCUUUGAAUAUAAUCCAUCAAAAUGUGCAGUUAUAGUAUUCAGCGAUGCAGUCGUCCUGAACGUAUUUGGACACUCGGACGUGAAACUAUACAGGAUGCAGAAUCGUACACACAUCUUGGACUGAAAUGUGACCGUAGCAUGUCGAGCGGUGCACUUAUGUGUGAAGCUUCGUCGAAGAUGAGUGGUACUCUCAAUUCUAUUCUUCAUUGCGGAUUAAAUCCUGCUGAAAUUAAUCCUAUAACAUUUCGAAACAUUUAUGAUCAUGUGGUCUUGCCCAAAGCUUAAUACGGCUCGCCGCUAUGGUGCAACUAUUCUAAAUGGUGACAUAAAUCAACUUGAAGUAUCCCUUGAAGAUGUGUUCAUCAAAUUCUUAACGUCGGUAGGAACACAAACACCGAUGUUCCAUUGUCAUGUUUAAACAUUGAAUCCGCGAAAAAACUGAUAGACUUUGAGAAACUUGAGAUUUUUUGUGGCAACUGUGCCGGCUUCCAGUUAGAUUUUUGGCCAAGAAAGUGUUCAUCCAUAGACUAGUACGAUAUUGCUUAGAGUCCGUGAAUAUGCAAGGGCUGAUUCCUGACAUCUACAGACUUUUACAUAAGUAGAGUUUGAUGCCUACCCUUGAAACGUAUCUGGAAAGUGGUGUAUUCCCCGGAAAGAUGGCAUGGAAACGGACAAUCGAAAACAGUGUUAGAAUGACAGACAGACAAAGACGCUCAGAAAAUGCAAAUGAAAUUACAUGUCUCGAGGACUCAUAGCUAUUUGAAGCUGAUAGACCGCUUACCGCCAUCGUCACUCUCUGUGAUAAACAAUAAGUCAACGAAGAUCCUAAGUAUGGCGAUCGCGAGGCAAUUUGCAAGUAAAUGUGCAAUCUGUAACAAGUUCACCGACAGUAUUGCGAUCCAUACUAUCUGGUUUUGUGUAAAAAAAACAGAAUCCAAAAUGAAUAAGCUUAUUUUGGAAUUGUACAUAGCGACUGGGCACUGCAAAUUUAUGCAAUUUAUGAUUCUUCCAGUAAUGCCAAUGAGUAGACAUUUUGCAUUACCAGUAACUGAAGAUGACCUUUUAAGCAAUUUCGUUUUACUCAAACUCAUAUGUGAUUUGUUUUAACUUGAUUAUGAUACAUUCGCUUAAAAUCGACUAUAAUAUUUAUUUUUAAUGGUAUGAAACUUACAGGAUGAUAUUGUCAAUAUAUUAUAGAUAGCAUAACUUAAGCUCAAAUUUUCGUUUUCGUAUAAGGUAAAGUAUAUUUAGUUAUAGAUAAUAGUGAAAUAGUGUUGUAAUCGAAUACGUGUUGUAUAUUAACCUACUAUUUAGAUAACAAACUUCAAAUGAGAACAGCUUCAUAAGUUAACACAUAAUACACCAACUUUCGCUUCGGACUUUGGUAUGUGAUAUUGUAAAUUUAACAACAGCUGAAAUGAUGGCUUUAAGAAAUUGUGUUUGUAUAUUUAUUCAUUAUUACAUAUUUUGUAAAUCAUGCCACUCUUUCUAUGUUAAACAUGCUUUGUGAUUAUUGUAUAACUAUGUUGUUCGAAUCUUCGAUAUCGGAGGAAAUGAAGAAUAUAUAUGUAUGUAAAUAUUAUAAAAUUUCCUGCCCAA